CAAUAAUUGUGUUUUGUUUGACAAAGCUAAAUUUGACUUUGACGUUACAAAUUUCACUCAUCAUCGUCUGCCGUCGGCUUCUUUCUUGAAGCUAAAACUUAAUUAUUAUUGAAAUUUUCAUCAAUUACUUAAUUUCAACAUGUUCAGAAAUCAGUAUGACAGCGAUGUUACGGUAUGGAGCCCUCAGGGUCGGCUCCACCAAGUGGAGUACGCCAUGGAAGCUGUAAAACUCGGAUCAGCUACCGUAGGCCUGAAGAACAGACAGUAUGCCGUCCUUAUUGCUCUCAAGAGGGCUGUCAGUGAGCUCUCUGCCUACCAAAAGAAGAUUAUUCCGAUUGAUGAGCAUAUUGGCAUCUCCAUCUCCGGUUUGACUGCUGAUGCUAGGAUGUUGAGCCGUUUCAUGCGCACUGAAUGCCUGAACCACAAGUACUCACAUGACGCACCAAUGCCAGUUGGCCGCCUCAUCGGUCUGGUUGGCAACAAGAUGCAGAUUUGUACGCAGAGGUACGACAAGAGGCCUUUGGGAGUGGGACUGUUAGUAGCUGGCUACGAUGACCAAGGACCACAUAUCUACCAGACGUGUCCAUCAGCUAACUUCUUCGACUGCCGUGCAAUGGCCAUCGGAGCUCGGUCACAAUCAGCUCGUACUUACUUAGAGAAACAUCUGUCUUCGUUCCUGGACUGCGAUCUACAGGAGCUGGUGGCUCACGGACUUAGGGCUCUUAGAGAUACUUUGCCUAAUGAAGUGGAUCUUAAUACUAAGAACGUAUCCAUCGCGAUUGUGGGUCCAAAGACUCCGCUGCGCAUAGCUGAUGAAGAGGAGCUGACUCGUCUGCUGGCGCUGGUGGAAGGUGAAGAGAGGAGGGGCGGCAGUGCCAGCGCCACUGGUGACGCGGGUGCGCCUGCUGACCGCGACCGUGAUGCCCCGGGGGACGAUCCUCAACCCGCCGUGGCCAUGGAUACGGAGUAAACGACGAGCGACUCCGGGAUGCUGAUGAUGGUGAAGUUACCAAGGCCGAUAGAACUAGCAAGUUUUACCGUUGCUAUGGUAACCAAAAUGUCUUCGUCACCAGCGCCAAGACUUCGCGUCUCCCUUUUCGUUGCUCGAUCAAAGAAUUGCCUUGGCCAGUGUUUAGGAGUAUAGCUACAUGUUACUAAAUGUAUAUAAACAAAACUAGCUACUGCCGUUUCUAUUCAUCGUAGCGUGAUGUUUUCUUAUAACCUAGAGGGAUUAGCGCGUUCAAACGAAUAAACAAACUCUUUAGUUUUAUUGCAGUCGCACUAGCUACAAAAAUGCUUUGUCAUUUUUGAUAUUAAGUCUUUGACUGCCAAUAGAAAUCUGUUGAAGGCAAAUCCUCCGCUAACGUCGGUCACCGGUGACCACCAAGGCGUUCUAUGUGUUAAAUGAUUUUACGACUUAGAAUAUCUCUUGAAAACACGCGAUCCUGUAAGAAAUCUUGUUCAAAAGUAGCCUAUAUUAGUCACAAAAAGAAAACUUUUCAAUAGGGAAAGUAUUUUUUAAAUCUGUCUAGUAGUUUCGGAGCCUAUUCAAUGCAAACAAUCAUAUAAUUAUUGUACCUAUGUCUCUGAAUACUACAUUUUUAUUCACAGUCGAGUAAUUUAAUCUACAUUUAGUGAUAUCGUCGUACGACUGAGCACUGGCCAAGGCAAUAAGGGAUAAUCGCAUUUUACUAUACUUUUAUUUUCAAUUUGUAUUCAAUAAACAUUUUCUUUAUUAA